CGGAAAUGGAAAGAGUGUUAAAACGCGUAGGGCUCGCCAAAAGAACACAAUCAGAUGCGGAAGCCAAUAUGACCAACAACACCGGCGACAAUCUGAAAGCGAGGCGGCGACGUCGAAGCAAAACCAGGCGACACCCUUCCAAGGAAAACAAGAAAACCGGAGGCGGUUUAUUUAAUAUUGAUUGGGAUUCUGUAAAAGAUUGUAAAUCCUGCAAGUCGAGAGCCAUCGCUAGGAGGUUCUGCAGCAAAAAGGCCGAUAACGAGUUGUAUAGAUCAAAUAGUUUCAAAUUCGAACGAUUUAUAAGGGCUAAUGAAGACAUUUCAACCUUAGGGAAAAAGAUUUCUUUAUGUGACGAUUAUAGUAUACCCGCAGAUCAUCUUGCCAAAAAACGACCAAAUAGCAUUGCAGUGCCUAAUCUGCAUUCAAAUAUUUUCAGCGACUGGCUUCUUUCAAGUCCCAACGAAGAAAAAGUUGAAGUUUUGGACACAUAUUCAACGCCUAGAGACUCCAAACAACAUCCUUAUCCAGAGGAUGAUCAAAAAUAUUUAACUAGUCCAGAUAAAGAAUAUUCUCAACCAUACAGUACUGAAUCAUCAAGACCGACAUCAGACGAUGAUUUCUUCUUGUGCGAACCUACAGGAAACGGCAAUCAAAAUAUAUUUGAUUUGAAUUCUCCUGAUAGUAUCAAUGAGGGCAUUAUUUCAUCACUAAAUGUCCUUUCUCCUAACAAGGCAGAAGUAACUGUCAAAAGACACCCUUCGCCGUAUUAUUACGGUGAUCUUUACAAAUAUAAAACGACUGAAAAUCCUCCCCAUUCGAAGGUUGAAAUUAAGUCGAAGAAAAAUCAAAGCCUACGGCCCGAACGCGAAAAAGAAUCAAAAUGCCAGAACAUCAAUAAAAAGACCAGGAGUAACAGGAAAUUUCGUAAAAGCUCUAGUUUAGACAACCCUUAUGAACAGAAAGAAACAUCACAAACUCGACCGAAAGUCUCAGUAAAACAUAAAAGUUCCAGUGUAGAAACGCAAAGCACUGAUUCAAGAGAUGCUCCAAAUGGCAAUUCGAUGCCUCCAAAUCCAGUAACUAUAACUCCUUAUGACGAUUAUGGAUUAGACGACAUGACUCGUCAACGUCAUGUAUACGAAACGGCUUUCGAUUGUCGCAUUAGUAAAUCAGACGAUGAUUUGGACCAAAUCGACAAAGUUAGCAAUCAUCCUGUUCUCAUUCAUGUGAACAAAACCUGGGAAAAUCAUCCAAGUACUGAAUCUAUCCUUGAAAUUAGCAAAAGUCGAAAAUUUAGAGGUAGAGAUAAAGAAUGUUGUUCCAAAUCCAGCCAGGAAGACAAUAAUUCGGUGGCAGCACUUUCGCAUAACAUUCAGAAUUUGCAUCUAACCGGAACUGAUGAAAACCAUUCCGCCUCAUCCAGCGGGCUUCCGUUACGAGGAAACACCCCAUCACCACCGUCCACAGCUCCGUUACCAGCGAAAUUCCACGGCAAAGAACACACUAUGAAUAGUAUACGCAGUGCUCCUAAUCUACCUUCCCAUCCAAAAUCACGUCACCUUCCUAUUAAAUCUCUAACCACGAGUAGUGAUAGCCUUCAAGUACGUGAAGGCAGCGCAUUCGAAAUUGAGUUUGGAUGCAGUUCCAAUCAAUUGAUCUCGGAAUUCAAAGGCAGGCCAGUGCACACCAAGGAAACAAAUAAAGAUAGAAUUUACGAAAUUAAGGGAAGGCCUCGAAAAGAGGUUAUGCUUAUAAACAAAAGAUCUAAGGGUACCAUAUUAGAAUUAAAAGGAAGAAGGAUUCGACACAAGUAUUCCAGCACUGAAAGUAUGACAACAAGCAGCAGCGGCGGAAGUAUGGAAAGCAUAAAAAGUAGUACUAGUGAAGGCAAUAGAAGCACAUCUAGUUCAGAAAGUAGACAAUCUCCAUCGCUUAGUUCACACAGUUCUGAUUCUGGUGGAAAUCCCAAGAACUAUACCGUCCCCCAAAGCUCAGGAGGUUUCUUAGGCAACAAGCUCCACAUCCUAAGCCCGAUUUCAGAUAAAUCCUCGCAGGAACCCAUGUCCGAGACAUCGGAUAACAACAGAAACAACAACUCACAGAAGUGCUCGCCGGAAGAAGUACAACCAACACCUGAAAAUAUUAAAACCAAACGGCGUGUACCUCAAAACAAAAACUUACUUAACUUGGGAUUCCAUACAACCAACCCAGAAAUUCAAGGAUCCGACAGUGGCAUUUCUAUCCAAUCACGCGAGGGCAUCAAGUCGAGAUUCAGUUUCACGGGAGUGGAACUAUCUGCACCCCCUAGCCAACAGGAUUUUUCCGAUCUGCCGUUCGACAUGCCGAAAUUGCGACGGCGACGAGCAGUCCCAGAGGCGGCUUGCACUUCAGGCAGCGCGACGUCGGUGGAUUUGAGGGAUUUACCCUUCGAUAUGCCCAAGUUGCGGAGAAGAAUGAGAUUGCAACCAUCCAACUUGGAAGCGAGCGCGUCCCAGGCGUCCUCGAGUCAAAGCGUCGUGGAAGCCGAUAGACAAGUUUUGUGCCGUCCUAAGUUAACAUUAAACCUAAGCGAUAUUGGAAACAGACAGAAACAUGGAUUUGGAUUAACACUUUCGGGACUCGGAUUAGCUUUAAAUUCAAACGUGAACCAAUUAGGCACCAGUUCAGAUGCUAUUGACAUGUAUCUACCGCUUGAAAAACAAGGCUGGUUCCAUGGGCAAAUAAGUAGAGUAGAAGCAGAAAACGUUUUACGAGUACUGAAAGAAGGCAGUUUUUUGGUUAGAAACAGCGAGUCUAUCAAAAACGAUUUUUCUUUAUCUCUAAAGAGCGCCAGAGGCUUCAUGCAUAUGAGAAUACAGAGAAAUUCCGAAGAUGGCAGUUUUGUUCUGGGUCAGUUUAGUAAACCUUUCAAGUCGAUACCGGAGAUGAUAAAGCAUUUUUCAAUUAAUCGUUUACCAAUACGAGGAGCCGAGCAUAUGUGCUUGUUACAACCAGUUCUUGCACAACUUUUGUGAUAAGGAAUUGGCGAUGCUGUUCCAAAUAUUUCAGGUUGCAAUAUAAUAUUUAAAUAACACAUAAAGAAUGUUGACACAAUACACCGAUCUCUUACACAAAAAUCAUGUCUUGGAGAAUGCAUGAAAAUCUGCAUUGAUAAAAGUAACAAACAAGUAUUUUAUUAUACUACAUGAAUAAAUGAUAGUUACUCCAUCUUCCCAAUUUGUUAUUUCGUUAAAACAUGAGAAAAAUCAAAACUAAAAAUAUCAUUUCUUUCGUAUUAUACAGUGUUAAAAAACAUUUUUUUCAAAUCAAAAAAUUAGUAAUUUUAACAAAACCAAAAUUUAUUUUUUUCAUGAUUUUUAUUUUAAUUUUUGUGUAAGAGUAAAACACUGGCUUCCAUAUUUAGAAUAAAGAUGUUUAUUCUGUUAAUUUUUUACAUGUUAAUUAUUUUUUUAACAAUUCAUAUUUAAUAUGAUGUAGUUAGUAUUUCUCAUACGAAAUGUUUUUAUAUCUAGGUACCUAAAUUAUUAAACAGAACUAUUAUAUUUCGCAAUAAUAUAUCGUGAAUAAUCAAGUGCAAUAUUUUCUAGCCUUCAAUAUUAUCAAUUAAUAUGACGAUAUAUUUUAAAUCCUUCUCUUAAAGUCCGUCUUCCAAUUUGAAUUUAUUCUUUAACUAUUAUUUAACAACUUUUUAUGAAAUAUUCAUUAAAUUGAACAAAUG